GUCUGGGGUUGGACACAUAAAAGAAAGUCACAGAGAGAAACGGGAGAUAUUAUGUGCGUUGAAUGACUUGAACAUAAAAAGAAAGAUGCGUUUCCUUGUGUCAUAUGUGUUGAGCGUGUGGCUUGGGGUUUUGUGUGUGAUUUCCGUGUGUCUGUGGAGUGGAAUCUGGAGAGGAGGAUUUGCCUGGGAUGGAUCAUUUCAACAGUUUAACUGGCACCCGGUCCUUAUGGUGACAAGUCUCGUGGUGCUGUAUGGAAAUGCCAUAUUACUGUACCGUGUUCCUCUCACCUGGAGCAAGUGGUGGUGUAAGUUAACCCAUGCUGGGCUGUUGUUCGUGGCCGUGGUGUUGUCUGUGCUAGGCGUGCGUGCUGCCUUUGAUUUUCACACUGCCAACAACAUCCCUCAUCUGUAUUCAUUACACAGCUGGACUGGGAUCUCCACAGUGGCCCUGUUCACUUUGCAGUGGUUUGUAGGUAUUUGUGCUUUCUUGUUACCCUGGACCCCAUUGGCUUUUAGAGCCCGUCUGAAGCCUCUCCACAUCUGGAUGGGCAUUGCCAUCUUCAUCCUGAGUCUUGUCACCAGCCUGUCUGGGAUCAAUGAGAAGCUGCUGCUGACAUUAAAUGGGAGAAAUGGAAGCGAUACCGAACCAUAUACGGCGCUGCCUGCUGAAGCUCUGUUUGCAAAUUCAUUAGGCAUUGUAGUUGUUAUUUUUGGAUUGUUAGUGCUGAAACUUCUGUCUAAUCAGAAAUGGAAGAAUCCAGAGUUUGAGAAUGAAACUGACAGACCUUUGCUGCCAGAUGCCAGAUGAUGAAUGGAGUGAACAAGAAGAAACGUACUGUGUGUCACAAUUAUACAUAUCACUUCUUGAUUUUUCUGUGUUAGCUGACUGGUUUUAUGCUUGCUUCAUUUACACAUCAAAAAAAAUGAAUUCUCAAUUGAUUGA